CCCUGCGUAUUCGAUAGACACCCUCGUAACAUCCUAUUCGCGUCGCAUGGCGUGGGAGAGAGCUCGAUAAUAGCAAACGACUUGUGGCCGAUGGCACGCGCGGGCGACUGAUUUCGUGCCAGCCCUCCUCGAUGUCGCCUCGCGAUGGCGGCGCAAUCCACCCUCCGUCACUCGGCAUCCGAGGAUGUCCUCGCGGCGUUCCUCGAUAAAUACACGAACCUGAUCCGAGAUCGGCUGCGAAGAACGUCGCGACGCACCAGGCUGCUCGCUACUCUCGCUCUCGCCACGUCCAUCAUACUCAGCGCUGAGGGUGCUCGGAGAUGGUGGAGCCGGAGACGGCGGGAGAGGGAGCAAGGCCGCAAGCUCCUGCGCACAAAUUCGUGGUUGUUCAACAAGGAUGGCUCGCGGACGAUUUACGUACCGUACAAGGACGGGACGUCCAAGGUGGUCAUCCACCGGACGAAGCCCCUAACCUUCGAGGCGCACCGUCGACUCUUCUUAAACCCGCCCAAGGUCUCGGGGCUGGGCGACGGCACCGUCCCUUCGGCGCAGACCAAACCGGGGCUGAAUCUGGCCUUCCUACACCAGUUCCUAAGCUUGAUGAGCAUCAUGAUCCCGCGGUGGACCAGCAAAGAGGCGGGGUUGUUGGUCAGCCACGGCGCGUUUCUCCUGCUCCGCACCUAUCUCUCUUUGGUGGUUGCGCGUCUGGACGGCGAGAUCGUCCGCGACUUGGUUGCCGGCAACGGAAAGCAAUUUCUCUGGGGUAUCGUUAAGUGGUGCGGGCUCGGUGGCUUUGCCUCGUAUACCAAUGCCAUGAUCAAGUUCCUAGAGUCCAAGGUAUCCAUAGCAUUCCGAACUCGGCUGACGCGAUACAUCCACGACUUAUACCUCAACGACAAUCUGAAUUAUUACAAGCUAUCCAACUUGGACGGCGGCGUGGGGCAAGGAGCCGAUCAGUUCAUCACCCAAGAUCUCACCCUCUUCUGCGCCUCUGCUGCGAAUCUCUACUCCUCGCUAGGGAAGCCUUUUGUCGACCUCUGCGUCUUCAACUUUCAGCUGUAUCGCUCCCUUGGCCCCCUAGCUCUGACCGGUCUUAUGAGCAACUACUUCCUGACAGCGAGUAUUCUACGACGGAUGUCGCCGCCUUUCGGGAAGCUCAAGGCAGUCGAGGGUCGCAAGGAGGGAGAUUUCAGGAGUCUGCAUGCCCGCUUGAUCGCGAAUGCCGAAGAAGUUGCCUUCUACGGCGGCGCCGAGAUGGAAAAGACGUUCCUGAAUAGAGAGUUCAAAUCGCUCAAGACUUGGAUGGAGAGCAUCUACCUGCUCAAAAUUCGGUAUAAUAUUCUCGAGGACUUCAUCUUGAAAUAUAGCUGGAGUGCAUACGGCUACCUCCUGUCUUCCCUGCCGGUGUUCCUCCCGGCAUGGGGCGGCUUGGGAGGCGCGAUGGAGAUGCUCGAGGGCGCCGAGAAAGGCGGGCGGGAGCGGAACCGCAUGAAGGACUUCAUCACGAACAAACGGCUCAUGCUCUCGCUCGCAGACGCCGGAGGGCGCAUGAUGUACUCUAUCAAGGACCUUUCCGAGCUAGCCGGUUACACGAGUCGCGUCUACACUCUCAUCGCAACUCUGCAUCGCGUCCACGCCAACGCCUACUUCCCGCAGCCGAGCGGCAACGAGCUAUAUUCCCUAUCCGAUGUUCAGGGCACCAUCCAAAAAGGCUUUGACGGUGUGCGAUUCGAGAACGUGCCUGUCGUCGCGCCUGGGCUGUGGCCCCAGGGCGGUGAGGAACUAUUAGAUUCGCUGUCCCUCGUCGUCCGGCGAGGGGAACAUCUACUGAUAUCUGGCCCGAAUGGCGUUGGCAAAAGCGCUAUCUCGAGGGUACUCGCCGGGCUCUGGCCAGUUUACCGCGGCUUGGUGAGCCGGCCCAAGUCGAUCGGCGAGGACGGAAUCAUGUUCCUUCCCCAGCGCCCGUACUUGAGCGUCGGUACUUUGCGUGACCAGGUUAUCUAUCCAGACGGGGAGCUCGAUAUGCGGCUCAAGCGUAAAAGCGAAGAUGAGCUCAGGCGGGUGCUCGACGCUGCCAAGCUAGGGUACUUACCAGACCGCGAAGGCGGCUGGGACACUCGGAAGGAAUGGAAAGACGUCCUAAGCGGCGGCGAGAAGCAGAGGAUCGGCAUUGCCCGCCUACUGUACCACGAACCCCAAUACGCAGUCAUCGACGAAGGCACGAGCGCAGUCUCGACCGACGUCGAGGGCCUGCUGUACGAGACGUGCAAGGAGAGGGGCAUCACCCUGAUCACGAUUUCGACGCGAGCCUCCCUGAAGAAGUACCACACCUUCAACCUGAUCCUCGGGAUGGGGGAGAGCGGCGACGAGUGGGAGUUUGAGCGGAUCGGGACGGAGCGGGAGAAGAUGCAGGUCGAGCGGGAGCUCCACGAGCUCCACGAGCGGCUGUCGCAGGUGGAGGAGUGGAAGCGGCGCCGCGAGGAGAUCGAGAAAGAGCUCGCCCAGGUCUGGGUCGAGGGCGAUGCCUCGUUGGAUCCGCCCCCCUACGUUGACAACGCUGACGACGCCGAACCCGAGGCCGAGAAGAGUUAAGGCGCGGUCUAGGGGAUGGCCGCCCCGCGCCGAGGCCCGCCGCCUGGCCUCCUUAUACGAUUACGAUGUACGAGAUGCUCUGGGGUGAGCCGAGGCCGACGCAGCGUAGUAUAUUAGAACACUUUCCACCGUCGUAGAACCUU